UUGUAGCAGCAUACAUGUAUAUGCCGCGCACGCAUACUACACGGCCCAUUGGAUUUGUGUUAUGUGGACGUAACUUCUCGACGUUUUGGGGUUGAAACCCCUGCUCAUAUUCCGCCAUUUUUGGAGACUUUUUUCAAGUUCGAUGGGGGAAAUGACUAAAUUGAAAGGUGUAGCUCUACUGGGAGUACUUCUUGGAUCAAUCGGGACUUCUUAUGGCAAUAUUUUAGAGGCACAGUGUCGGGCGAGAUGUUACACCACAUUACACAUAUCAAGAGGAGAGUCAUAUAGGAUAUCAUGUUCUAAUUCUACAAAUUGUUCUUCGUGUGUAAUUCCCUGUUCAACAGAAUAUAAAACGUUAUCACUAUGCAAAGCGAAAUGUCAGACGGCGACAGAGUUAUCGUGGUGCCACAACACGUGCGAGUUCUUGAAACUCAGCCACAGCCAGAAGCCCGGCAGUUGCCCGACGCCAGAAGACAUCACGGGCUUCGGCAAGGCCUGCGCAGAGACGUGUUCCAAUGACUCGCAGUGCAAUGGCCAGGAGAAGUGCUGCUACAAUGGCUGUGGCCACACCUGCCAAACACCUGUCAUCGAUAAAAGUGAGCUCCCACCCAAGCCAAGAAAUUCCCCAACGAUCACGGAGGAUGCCAAUGGCCAGUCAGUAACGAUUCACUGGGAGCUGAGGGGCAAUAGUCCAGACUUGGAGGGCGUGGUUCUCUACGUCAUCCAAGGGCGGAACAACACAGGCCACCACCCGAGCACAAGCAGGAUGGGCGACUGGAAGGACCUCUCAAUUACCGAUCAGAUGGAAUAUGUGACGGAACUAAAUGUAGGAACAUACUACAGGAUACAGGUUGCCGCGGUCAACGAAAAUGGCUCACUGGGCUUCUGCAAACCCACGCUGCCAUUCAGGUUAAGCAGAUCACCUGAAGCACCAAGUGCACCUCUCAAUCUCCGCGAGGGCGAGGCUACUGGUGUCGACAACCGGAUCAACCUGAGAAUCCUGUGGGAUCCCCCCAAGACCAGCGACCUCCAAAUCACCAGAUACAGGGUCUUCUACAGCAUCAGGCCCAGCAGAGCCCUCCCAUUCCACGUUCGGAUCGAGGAGAAGAGCCACAACGUGCCGGGGGAUCAGUACGAUAUUACUCUAGAGGAGCUACAUCCAAACAUGAGAUACUACAUACAGGUACAAGCCAUUGCGCAGUGGGGUGACGCUCGCAAACGCAGCGACAGAACAUCUCUCACCAUCCAGACGAUGGACCUCCCCAUUGUGCAAGAUGAUGCUCCUCCCAUGUAUGAACCCGUCCCUCCAGAGCCACCUGUCCACGGGGAGCCCCCCGUGUUCCCCGGUCCGGUCAGGGACGUUGUGCCAGACGGGCCGUAUUGGGAAGACAGCAGCCUGAAAUGCCAAAUCUCCUGGCGCAAACCCAAAGGUUUUGAGAAAACUGUGAAUCGUUUCACAAUACACUGGCAGCCCAUGGGCUGUGCUAAUGACUACAUCAACAGUUCACUAAUGACUGCCACCACACAUGCCAAUGAAAUUUUUCCUCGGUAUCCUGCCAUGGGAGCCACGACUCAUGAUCGGAGUUUUGAAAUCUACAACCUGAAGUUUGACUGCCAGUACCGGGUGUCUGUCGUAGCUGUUUCAGAUAGUCUCCUGACGAGCCCCGAAGCAAAUAUCCGCUUCUAUACUCCGGCGUGUAACAAUGUCAGGGUCAAAGAUCAGCAGAAACCCACCUGUCCCACGCCACUGCCAGACAUACCCAGCCAGCCAGAGAACGUCACCUACAUGUUCAUGUUAUCUCACAGUAACAUCACCGCCCACUUCAUGUGGGACCCGCCCCGUUUCUCCCUCUAUCCUGUCAUUGGCUACAGGGUCAUGUGGGCGGAGCAUAGGACAAUUGAGGACAGGCUUUUUGGGGAGGGGUUCCCCUUACUGGCCAAGGUGGAGCACCUCAUCCUACCAGCGACAAAGAGUUGGCAUGCCAUUGCUCAUCUGAAGUCAGGCACACCGUACCGGGUUCAGAUCCAGGCACUGACAAACGUCAGCGGCGGCGCCUUGGCGAUUGAGGAUAUCAAAACGCCUAAGAUACAGAACAAUCCCCAGCCGUCCUCACCAACAGCGCCAGCGUCAGUACGACCGACCGACGGCGAAACCUCAACUCACAAUCCCACCAACCCAACGGGGAUCGGUGCUGGUCAUUCAGGAACGACAUCGUGGCACGCCGCCUCGAGGAUUAGUCGGGCACUGACACUGACAGUCUGCUGUCUGCUGUAUCUUGCAUUCAGAUGAUAAAGACACCAGACCAGAGACAGUACUGGGUUUUUUUUCUUUUAAAUUAAAGCAGGGGUGUAUAUAAAGUGAAAUAUUGUACUGGGUUUUGUGAGACAUUUUGUGCAUUUUGUUAGGCAGUAUCAUUUAGGGGUUAGUCACUAUCCAAAUCACUGUGUAGGAUAGACCUAUAUAAUCAUCAAACGCCUGAAAAAAGUUGAUUUUGAAAUUAGUUGAAAGUGUACAUUUAAAAAAACGGGUAAAUAAUCACAAGAUACCUCAUUGUGUUUUGAUUUAUGAUUGAUGUUCAUUUAUACUUAAAGAAACAUAUCCCUUUUAGCAAAGUCUCAUAAAUUUUUAGAAAGGUAGAUUGUUGAAGCCUGUCCUUCAUAAGUUGGGGGCGGGGGGGGGGGGGGGGGGGGGUAAACAGAGUGCCUGACAAAAAUGCUGAAAUGUGGUCAGUAUUUAUUUAAAUAAACUGUACAGUUAAAAAAACUUGCUUAUGUAAUUUAAAAAGGAAAACUCAGCAGUGCGGCGAGAAGAUGAAGUUCUUUUAUUACUCUGUAAAUUUUUUUUGUACCCUGUAAGAUAUUGUACACACCAGCCCUUGUACAAAAUUCAAAACAACUAUAUAAUUAUUGUCAUGUUUUAAAUAUGAUUAUAUUGUAUUAUAUUUUUAUGUGCUUGUUCGUUUUUAUGUCCUGUUGAAUUUGUUGACUUUUUGUAACCCGCACUGCUUCAAUGUUUAAGCUGGUGCUAUCACAUUUGUUGCUCUUAUAGAGUGUUUCAGUGGUGUAGUCGAGGCUGGGUUCAAGACUUGGGUGGCAACAGCAAUUCUUCUUAAAAACUUGCUAUGAAAUCCGUUUGGGUCAAAAAUUUGAAAAGUCAGACUCAAGGAUGGGUUUGAAAACACCCUACCCUGGCUCUUUUAGACUACAAUUAUAUGUUCUAGAGCAUAGUUUAUAGUCUUAUAUUCAUUAAGAGAUCAGCGUAGAAAAUGCAUAUUUCAAAACUGGUGCUCUGUAACCCACCUAAUAGACUGUGCAUAUAUGUAAAGCAGGGUGCCAGUUUCUAGAACGGGCAAGGCAUAAACAAAAACACCAAUUUCGUAACAAUAAAGUUACCAUCCAAAGAAAUGUUAUCAGUUUUUACAAGCAUAAAAUAUCAAAAUACUUGUGCUUUUUGUGUGUUAUAUGUAAAUUUAUCCAUAUCUCUGCCAUGUAUGUGGUGUAAUCCACGUGUAAGAGUGUUUGUUCAUACUUUCAAACACAAUGAUGCUAUUCUGUGUUCUGAAACUGUCCUUGUUAAAUAUUCAUUAUUUGUGCAUAUCUCCUAUUUGGACGGCAGUUUUGGUUAGUGUACUGUUGCUCAAAACUGUUUGAAUACUAAAUUUGUUUGGUGAACAAAACAAAUAUUGAUUUGUUAUUUAAAAAAAGAAAGUAUAUUGGACAAGAUGUGGUAACUAGGGGAUUUUGUGAAUCCUUUGUAUGUUACCAUUAUUAUUGCUAGUUUAUAAUUCCUAGUUCUGUUCCUUUGAAACGGUGUGUCAGUCAAAUGCUGCCUCGUUCUGUCUCAAGCUGGCUUCUUGGCUUCUUAUUUUCCUUCUUAAGCGUCUUGCGGCCCUGUUUGGAGUCCUUCAGUGUUGAACCUGAAUUUGAAAUUUUAUCGUCACAGUAAGAAUCCACUUGAUUGGUCUAUUUAUUUAAUCUUCAUGCUGUCUCUCCAAUGGGAAGUCACCUUAGAAAUGGAAAGCCUGCAACAGGAUCCCCCUGUUUGCAUCAGGGCUCAAUUUUCUAAGCUUAAAAAAAAUAUUUGCUUAGCAGAAAUAGGUUACCAGUGAAUUAGACUGCUACCCGACUGAUUCUUUUCCUUGCAUUAACAUUUGCCAAGCAAAUUGGAAGUACAUUUCCCACCAGUUAGAUUGGCUUUUUUUAGCAGUACUGUUAACUGUUAUUCAAAAAUGAAAAAAACAAAAUUGUAAGGAUGGGAAAGAGCAAAACAAAAGGUUUCUGAAAAUUAAGAAUUGUUUAUGCUUACUUUUUACAAAAUCUUUUCAUUGCACAUUGAAAUGUUCUUAUUUUGGCAAUAUAUAUGCGAAAUCUUGUUUCAUAUGUAAUUUUGGAAAAAUAAAAAUCGCAUGCACAAUUUCAUGUUUAUAUAGUGUACACAAGUGUAUUAUCAUCUGUACAAUCUUCAUUCACGAGUAGCCAUUAUAUUUUUUACUAUCUAUAUGCAAAAACAAACUGCAUAUAUGUAAACUUGUCUUGUGCUUAUAUGUAUAAAGUAUAUCUAUUUUGUGUACAGUACAACUAUCUAUGCAGUUCACUCGCUACUUUUCUGUUUGAAAAAAAAUAAUCUCCAGCAAAUGUCUCUUCUUUUUUUGACUGGUAGAUGAGCCUCCGUCACACAUUUUGCAAGAAUCAUUUAAAUUUGUCUUUAAAUUUCACAAGUUUAUUAAUUUUGAUGGAAACAAAAUUGAUGUUCUCUUUAUGGGAGGAGUCACUGAACAAGGGGGGAUAAACCCUCCCCCCAUUUUAAACCAAUGCACAAGUUCAGCAAAAACAAUUUUGAUUGUGGACAUUUUAUCAUCUUAAAUCAAUUUUCAUCAGUUCAACACAUUUUUAUCCACCUUUCUGCCAGUUGGAUUCACUUAUAUUUCUGUGAUUGACUGAAGGAGUUUUGCAAAACAGUUCCUUUUAAAAGCAGUACUUCUACGUGCAUGAAGCACAUUUCUUGUCUUUUUUUUUUUUCGAACACAUUUUUCUUGUAUAUUUAUUAAUCUGACGUUUGUCCUGACUUGAUGACUGUGUUGUCAUCCAAAUUUGGGUUUAUGAUUUUCAGAGAUAGAGAUUGUAUUUCAAAGCUUAUUAUUUGAUUUCAUCAAAGUGUUAAGAAGUCUCCCUUUUUAAGAUCCAGAAUUUUAUUUAUUUGUAGGCUUACUGUGUCAUUUAAAAAAAAAAAUUUGCUUUCUACAUAUAUGGUUUUUCAAAUUUUGAAAUUUACAAUUCCGUUUGAUUCGCAGCACACCCCAUUCUUAAUUUUUAAUUGCAAAGAAAAUUAUUGGCUGGGUUUAUAAAGAGAAACUCCCUUGUAGCUCAACUAUUUUCUUA